GCGUGGCUCCCGGAGCGAGGCGAUCGGCGGUGUGCUGUGUCCCUUGGACACAGCGGAUCACCAAUCCACGGAAAGAGCCGAAGAUGUCGGCUCGGUCAUGUGAUCAGCUAUGUCCAAUCACAGCUGAUCACAUGGAACAUGUACACUGAUCAUCAGGGCACUGAUGAUCAGUGUGCCCUAAUGAUCAGUGUAGCCCCAGCAGUGCCACCUGUCAGUGCUCAUCAGUGCCAGCUGUCAGUGCCCAUCAGUGUCACAGAUCAGUGACUACCAGUGCACAUCAAUGCCACAUAUCAGUGCCCAUCUGAGCUGCCUUUCAGUGUCACCCAUCAGUGCCAACUAUCAGUGCCCGUCAGUGCCACCUAUCCGUGCCAGUGAGUGCCGCCUAACAGUGCCAUAUAUCAGUG